CCUGUCACAUUAAAAUGAGACUAAAUCCUCAGUGCUGGCCCAUUAGGGAGAAGAUAUUUGUAUAUUUAUGUAGGGGCAUAUACGAAAGGAAGCCUAAGAAGACGAAAUGGCGAGGACCACAGCUCUAUAACCACAAUCACCACGAAAGCUCCUAUUCCUUUUUCCAUGUGGAUAAUGAUACUCGAGCUGUGUUCAUAUCAGUUGGGAAAAGCAGACUACACAGUUUGGACUGGUUUCAAGUGGAUGGAAGGGGGAAAUUCGUUCAAAAUGGCACAUCAGUCUAUGACACUAACACGAGCUUCGAAUGUCUAUACAAAAAAAAUAAUUUUCUAGGUAGACUGCUUACAGAAUGCUUGCAGAAGGAAAAUGUCUCAAAAAAUUUAAUUACAAAUCCUCAGAUGAUGAUAUUACAUUUUCCGGACACGAAAGCACCCACAUAUACAGUAUCCCUUGGAGAUAAUACCCUAUAUAUAAAUUGGGUAAUUUAUAUUCUUGGAUUGGUUCUCGUUCUUAGUUGCCUGAAAUAAAACGAUUAACUCAAAACGAAAGAUUUAACAUUUUA